CUUUGGCACGGGAGAAGUCUAGAGAAUCGAGACAGAGACGGACGUUGAAGACGAGCGCGUGCGCGUCUAGAACUUUAAAGAAACUUGGCUAUUCUUCCAACACAUCAUUUAACUGGCGUAGUAUUUCAGUCAUUCAUCUGCGAGUGCUAAGAAUUUGCUUCUCACUUAUCACAAGGACACUACUGAAAUGGGUUCGAAUGACGGCAUUUGAUUGAUCGUCUGAAUAUUAAUCGAGACACGGCUGGCGUGCAAAGAUACCCCCACACGAAAAUUAAGAAUUGGCAACAUUUCUUUUCGUUUUUGAAACGAAACAUGGCGGAUGGGCUGGUUCAUUGGAUCGUCUUGGCCUUUUGUCUGACGCGCUUGUCUGGCGAAAUUCAAGCCUUCGAUGAAAUAAUGACUAGCCAGCAAGAAAAACACGGUGACAAAUUGGAGACAGCCACGACGACGGGAGUCAACAUUGGCCGUGUCGACAUCCUACCCACGUCGUCGACUACGCGAGAAGGAACAACAACAAAGUCUCACAAUUUGAUGGCGUUGCUCAACCCCUCUUCGACGACAUGGGCCCGUAGCGACGAGACGGCCGGUCCAACAGCGCAAACUGUAAUUGUCUCAGUGACGGGCGCGGCCGUCACGGCGACUUUGAAUGGCACUGAAUUGGCAGACGCAACGCAAUGGACGCCCAUUGCCACGCAACUGCCAUCGACGACCAAAAGCAUCACAUCAUCCGAAAUGACGGCGACUGUGCGGACGUAUGCGGAUGCCGAAUCUUCCGCAGAAUCGUUCGACAGCGCCGAAUUUUUAUCUUCUACCCCAUUUCCAGUGACGACUUCCGUUUCAAAAUUGGCGCCCUUCCCAACUUUGCCCAGCCGACCUUCAACGGCCGACGCUAAAAACAACAAUGUUCUUCCAUCGGCUACGCUCUCUCCAUUUUGGCCUUGGAUGCUGUUCAUUAUCAACGGCAAUGCAACGGUGGCUAACCGCCGACAGCGCGACCUGGGCACCUACCUCCGUCUCAACCUGGCCGCUCGUCUCGACGCCGAUUACAACGACGUGGCCAUCAACCGGAUUCUGCUGACGCCGCAAGCCAUUUUGGCCAACAUCAGCGUCGAGCCUUCGCAUCUCGUCUACGGCGGAACGGGAGCCGCCGGGCUGGAGGCUCUCGGACAAGGCAAUGUCACCCUGCUCGAGCUCUCCGGUCACGAAUUCCAAGUCGAUCGCAUCAUCCGCUUCGACGAGAUCGUCGACCAAAGAGGGAUGAUAAGUAGCAUGGAGAUGUCGUCUAUGGUGGCGACCGUGGGCUCAGAAGUGACAGUGUACGGUGCCGUUGGGGCUGUCUUCCUCUUUUUGCUCGUGGCUCUCCUGCUCGGCCUGUCGUUCAGCAGCCCGUGUAAAGCCGGCGAUAACAGUAAAUACCUGUCCAGUAACAACCUCGGCUACGACAGGGAUCAGAUGGAUAGCAAUUAUUCCGACGGUUUUACGGAGUGGAACCUGUCGACGAUGGAAUUGAUGCCCGACCCACCGCCGGUCAUUUACACGGAACAGUUGGCCCGCGACAUUGAAGGUGAUGCUGUGCUGCAGUGCAAACAUCCCAGCCAUUUCAUACCGUUGACCAGCAGGCGAAUGUCCCUACCGAACGUCACGAUAGGCGAAUUUCAUCACCAUCAACGCAAUCAUCCAUCAGACGAGUUGCUGAUAUUCCAUCACACCGAUAAUAGCCCAUCGCAAUGUAGCGCAUGAAUAAUUUAAUUCCAUUAUUUUUAUUUUUCGCUUCGUUGAUGCCUCAAUCAAUUGAGCUUUUCCCCGUGCAAAUAGACUAUAUCCCCCCUUUUUUCAAUUGACGUAUGAUAUAUAAUGUAAUACUAAAUAUUAUAUAACAUUAUAAAGUUCAAUUAACCCUGACAUCUUCCGUAAAAAAAAAUGAAAGAAUUUAUGUUUGUUUGGCAGAGAUUGAAUGCAAAACUCGAUUUCAUUAGAUGUAAUCAAAUCCACCGCAUGCUGAUAAUGUCAAUCUCCGAAAUUCUUCCCUUCUCUUUAACUGGACUGAACUGAAGGAAAAUGCCAACGCCAAAAGCUAAAUUUGAAUGUAAAUGGUUUUUUAAAAAAUUGUUACAUGACGCUAUUCUCGUUGUUGACUGCCCCCAUGUUCCAUUUUCAAUGUCCUCCACUAAUAAACAUAUUCCCGCUCCGUGCAUUCAAGAUUGUGUCGCGCAAAAUUAGGCUUUACGAUAUCUUCCCCCUGUACAUUUCAGCAGACUAGUUUACUAUAUCAAUACACCACCCCACCCCCCAAGAAUCGCACCCGUUUCGGCCUCGGAAUCAAUAUCAUUUACUUGCAACAGCGCCCAUUCUAAAACACAAACGUAACGCCGUUAGACUCAACCGACUCUGUUUUGCUGUCUUGUGCAUUACCUGUGGCUUCCCUUCGGCUGUUGUUUCCUUUUCACCCGCCUUUCCGGUUAAUAACGAGAUGACUGACGACGCUGAUUAAAACACCAACACGACACCCAGUUUCCAGGAUGAAAAUAAAAUAAAUAAGCGUGUGUCAUGGACACACGCAAUCGCAUUGGUUGUAAACGGAAAUUGAAAUCUCUACGAGUUCUGUACGCCCUGACGUUCUGUAUUGAAACGUAUGCUGAUUAAACAAAAUAUAUUGAUUAUACGUGAUUGUCCCUACACUUUGGUUUAGAAUAUAAAAACAAAUACAAAUGAAUGGAAUCGCCAAACUUUCAGAA